ACGUAAAUAUGGUGGAAGUGAAUUCGUCAGGAGUAUUUUGCGAAUCAAAUCAACAUGGGUUUACCAUGAAAAAUUGAGAUCUUUGUUGCCAUUAAAAGAAAUUGCAUUUGUAUAGAUAUGUAGAUAAACAUUGCAUCAUCGGAUGAGGGAUGUCGUUCUUCAGUAGAAGAAAGGAUAAGAAAAGUGAUCAACAGAAGCCCACAGAAACAUCUCUGAAAAGAAAUAAUUCUCAAAAAAGUACAAAGAGCCUUAGAAAAGUAGAACUAGUAAAUGGAGAAAUAAGUGAUGAACGAGGAGGAUCCUUUGAAGGGAGAAGUCGUAUUGGGCCAAUACAGCUUUGCGUUGAAGAUGAUGGAGAUCUUGGUGAGUGGACAUUAAUCUUAUCCCCUGUAUAUCGACACUCCAAGCUUUCUAAAACCUUAACAUCAUUAAAAUGCCCUUUAAAAAAAAUGUCCUGUUUUAUUGAAUUCCUAGAAUCAAGGAAGGCCGGCCAGUACAUUAAAUUCUGGCUGGAUGCGGAGAGUUUCCAGGCCUCCACCUGGAGUAGACUAAGGAGCCACUCCCUGAACUCUGCCAGGAGGUCAACAUUAUCCAGCAAACACUACCGCUCACCCUCUGACACAACAGCCAGUGUUAAACAGGGGACAGAGGAUAAACUGGACACUGGAAGUAUUGGUUCUAACCAUACACUGACCGAGGAGAACUCAGCUGGGCUGGUGGAAAGUGAAAAUCAAACCAAUAGUGUGCCAACUAGGAUCUCAUAUGACACAGGGCAGUCAAAGUCCAGACUGGAUUUACCAGAGUCAGCAAUGUUAGAAACUGUGAUAAAAUCCAAGCCGUCAAGUCUCCCAGCAACCCCUAUAGACCUCGGAGUCAAGCACCUGCCGGGAUCGUCCGGCCCCGACUGUGAUACAAGAGAAAGCGUGGAAUGUAGACUUAGUGAUGCUGUAUCUACCAGUGCAAUCAAGAGAACUGAGAGUCUCAAAAGGACUAACUUACCAAUGGAGGAACUUGCCGAUAAACUCAAGAAAAGCAUUGCCAGGGAUGCAGUGAGCAUCUUCCAGAAAUACCUUUCCCAUGAUGCCUCUAGUCCUGUCCAGAUUACAGAUGAACUCAGGAACAGAUGCAUGGCCAAAAUUUGCCGAGAGGAUGGAGAGGUGGAUCCGGCCUGUUUUGCAGACUGCCAGGAAUUUGUUCUGAAUGUCAUGAAAAUAGAUCAUUUUCCUGAUUUCUCCACAAGCGAAUUUCUCUGCAAACACCAAGUUCAUCUUCUUACCAAUGGGCAGAUCACUCUAUCUGAUAUCUUGUACAAUGAUGGUGCAAUGUUUUACUUUAUGGAGUACAUGGAACAGGAGGGUGGGUCUGAACUUCUCCAGUUCUGGUUGGCUGUGGACAAUUUCCGGCAGCACCUCAUGUCUUUUGAGGGCACCUACGAUGGCAUGCAGGCCCAGAGUGAUGCCAUGGUCCUGUACGACAAAUAUUUUUCUCUACAAGCUUCCCACCCCCUUGGAUUUGAUGAUAAAACUCGAUUUGAAGUGGAAGGGAACAUUUGUCGAGAGGAAGGCCCUCUGCCAGAUUGUUUUGCCAAAACCCAGCACAUUGUUUACCGCACAAUGGAAAAGUCCUUUUUCCCAAGUUUUUUACAAAGUGAGAUUUACUACAAAUAUUUAUCGGAGCUAGUCAGCACAGUAACCAUAGCAACAGAUUUACCAAAACAAACCAGACACAAAAGACAAGACAGUGAUGCCAUGUCCGUACACAGUGGACAGAGUGUGGGGAGUGAGAGCAUUAAGAACACACUUUUAGCAAUGGACACCAGUCACCUACGCAAGUCUGUCUCCCCCCUCCAGGAAACAGACAUGAACGUCGACCCUCGGCUACUUAAUCCAGAGCUACUUUGGAAAAGACCAAGUCCAGGGAUGUCAAUGGGUAAAGUGGAUGAACUUGGUAGAUUUAUGUCUGAAUUAGAUCCCCAGCCAGAAAUUGAUAAAGCCAAAGGCAACUCAGGAUUUUUCAAGAAAAAACAAGGGAAGGACAAGGAGCAGGAGGACAUGGCUCUACAGAUUGCCCAGAAGAUUAUCAGUGAUGUCACCUCUGUAACUCAGGCUAUUGGUGCUAUGCAAACCUUUGAUCCACCACCCGAUUCUUAAUUCUCAACAGGUGCCACAAAUCGUGCAAUACCUUGUUUUUUGAUAAGUUAAUAUGUUAAGGUUUUAAUAUAUUUUUAUGUCCCUGCCAUGAAAUGGUCAGGUAUAAAUUGUUAUCCCCUUUCCAUCUGUCUUUUCAUCCUAGUUAGGUUUGAGGACUUUUUAUUUGCUUCUUGACUUUUUUUUUGUUGAUGACUAUUUAAGUUCAAAUCUGAGUUUUUUGUCUAUUGACUCAAUUUUGAGAAAGACUUUUUUUUCCCUUAUUGUUAAGUACUAAUCUUUUUUUUCUGAUGUUCUUUCCCAUUUUAAGCAGCUUCAAUAUGUGGUUUAAUACUCACAUAUUAAGAAAACAAAAAUGUAAUUUGAUAUUCUUUAGUUUCAUUUCCAAUCAUUUUUUUCCACAUUUCAUAGACAUUAUAAUAUUUCAAACUUUAAUGUCAUGGGGGCAUUAGUGUUAUACAGACGUAUCUUGUUUUAAUUCUAGAAAUAUUCGGUUCUUCAAAGGACAGAAGUUCUAUGAAAUCUUUCAUCAAUACAAUUGUACUGAAUUGUUUAUGAAAUUGUGCCAGGAUGAUGCAUUUAAUUUUGUUUUAUUUAAUGUUUGAAAGUUAAUGUUCAAUGUGUAAGAAUGUUAUCAAAAUCAAUCUAGUAGAUGAAGCAGUGUAAUACUUUAUAUGUCUUGGAAUGCACCCAAGACUUUGUAUGCAGUCAUUAAUGAUGAUAUCAAUCCAAAAAGUGUUGCCCAUGAGUGAAUUACAGACAAAUUUCCUAUGUACAAGAAUUAUUUGAUUGAUUUGUUCUUUUUAAAAUACAAAUUACAUGUAUAUAUAAGUUUUAAUUAUUAUGAGAUGUUUAAUGGCAGUGUAACUUGUGCAGCUAUAGUAUUUUAUGAAUGGUUCGGAGCGUUAUUAGUGUCUGAAUGAGAAUUAACCAAUGGGUGCCAAAACAGAAGGUAUUUUUCUACAUAACUUGCUAUUGGCAGACUUUGUAAGCCAGAUAAAUUAAGAAACAGCCAGUUUCUUGUUAUAAAUGAUUACAUUAUUGUUGUUUGCUGCUGUUUUACAAGUUAUUUUUUUGUGAAUCAAAAUGAUUGAACAUACUACAAUAAAAUCUAUAUCCCAGCUCACA